AUGGUUUUCUUGGCAGGGCCCAGGGACAAUUCUGGCGACCUGGCCUGGCCGACGCUCACCGCCAUCCCCUUUUUUCUUUCCCCACAAAUUCCUUAUCAUACAGUAUCAUAUCAACCUCCAGGGCUCCCCCGCAUCCAAAUCGGAUGGCAGUUGGGUGUCAUUAUGGACAUAUUCGGGACGGUUGUCACGGCCCUUGACAUUAUAAUCAAAUUCCUCUCUACCAGCUCCGCCUACUCCGACGAAGCCGAAUCGCUCCUUCAUCGCUUUAACUGGGACCUCCGCGUGGUGAACAAAAUCAUCGAGUAUUUCGAGGAGAGGCGGCGCCAUAACCCAAGUCACGAACUAUCCGACAAUGAUGAGGAGCUCCUUGAGAACACUGCAAGGUACCUAGGAAAGUUGGCUGGUAAGGUGGCUGGAAGUAUGACGAAGAUCCAAGGGUCGGGUUUCCUCCAGCGGGGGCGCAAUCAGAUGUUGUGGAUCAGUCGGCGGAGCGAACUCCAGGAACUCGAGGCGGAGCUCUACGAAUGGUCCACUCGUUUCGACAUUAAACUGCUUGCCCUACCCGCUGAGUUCAAGUACGUUUUACCGGGUUCGGAGCGUGACAAUGCACCUGCUUCGCCUUUUGUCCAGGCCAACAUCCAACUUCAGGACUUCCUAGCCCUCUCCCAAGAAGCAAGGGACGAGAAACUUCAGAAUAUGCUCGAAAGCAAUCCUCCAGAGGAAAUCACACGGGCAAUUGCCAACUAUACCUCACUCAAGCCAGUAGAUGUUGGGAAUAAGCAGUUCAUCCUAGCAACCAGGAACUUCCCACCCGACACCAAGCCGGACACUGCUGAGUUUCAUCAGCUAGUGUCCGGCCUGGGCCAGCUCGCCGCGGCUCUCAACUGUCUGAAUCCAGCUGUGAAUAUCGGCCUGCUCCAGAUUGCCCAUUACAUGUAUGACUUUCCUGGCCGGCGGUUUGUCUUCGCUCAAACUGCGCCCUAUCGUGUCGGCUCCAUGAACGCUCUAGAAACACUGUUAGACAGGUCGCCAUUCCCUCGUGUCUAUGCGCCGCUGGACCAGCGGCUAAAAGUUGCAUAUAAGCUUGCCGAGGCAGUAUUCUUCCUCCAUGCCGCAGGCUUCGUGCACAAAAAUAUCACGUCUCUAAGCGUCGCUAUCCUCGAGAAGGCCGAGAGGUACUGCAAAAUCACGUUCCCGUUCUCGAUCGGGGACCCUUACCUAAUGGGGUUCGAUAUUAUCCGCACCAGUGACAUGGCCACUAAGUUAGAGGGCGCUGGGCUGGGUGAGAAUAGACCACUAGUCUCGACUGGGAGCACAUGGAGCUUUGAGGUUUUCCAACACCCAGAUAGGCUCCUUGGGGCCAAGAGCGAAAGAUAUGUCAAAAACUAUGAUAUCUAUAGCCUCGGCGUCGUGUUACUCCAGAUAGGUCGCUGGGAACCCAUGAAGAUAAUCACUGCGAAAUGGUCUAGUGAUCCCCUAACCUGGCGAGAGGGGUUAAUAGAAGAAUGUAUGGGCUUAGAGGCGAGGGUUGGCGCCAGAUAUCAGAAAGUGGUAGCGUGGUGCCUUGAUGUGAAGGCAGACCCAAUAGUGAAGGAUGUGGACUUCAUUCAGGAGGUGUUGGAUCCGUUAUACGACAUAGCGAAAGCCCUGUCGUAG